CAGGCACGGGCUGGACGAAAGGGACCCCGCUCCAAGCGUAUGAGGGCGUCUCCUGUCAAGGUCUCAGCAUGCCCAGCCCUGGAAUUCGCCUUGAGGUGGAGUUGGAGUCAGUAGCUCCAGGACUGUCUCCUAGGACCCCCACAGCACAAGCCUGCACGCAUGCAGUGAGCCACUCUGAAUCUGCAUGCCUCGGUCCCAUCUGCUUAUGCGCCGCUGAGCCAGGAACUGUCUCCCCUCAUCAUCACCAUUCAGAUUGUGACAUUGGUACUGAGGACAAGUUUCUUCAGAAGGAAGAUGCUUCUGACAGUUUAGAAUUUGAGGCAGAAGUGAUAGAAGACAAUGUCAGUGAUGCAUCCCAGGCACCACCUGAGCUCAGAGAACUCUCGGAUGGUGUACUGGAAGAAUGGAGCAUCCCUGAAAGUAAGAGACAAAAAAAGAACUUCACACCUGGGACAGUGCUCUUCAAGAAGACUCCUACAGAAGAAGAUCUAGACUUUAGCAGUUUGGGGAAAUACUUCAGAUUGAACCCAAACCUGGUAGCUUGUCAGGGAAUUUCUGCAGGAAAAAGGACAUGUUCAUAUGGCACAUGUGGUCAGAGCUUCCACCAUAACAUGGACCUUACAAGUCAUGAAGAGGGCCACACAGCUCACAGCCCUUUCAUAUGCAGGGAGUGUGGAAAAGCCUUCAGAAGCAGCCCUGGUCUUACUCAACAUCAGUCCUUUGUGUGUAAUGAAUGUGUAAAAGCUUUUAGCUAUAACCCAGUUCUUAAAAACCACCAGGGAGCUCACAUGAGUGAGAAACACUACCAGUGCAGUGAAUGUGGGAAAGCCUUCAGUGUGCACUCCAACUUUAUCAGGCAUCAGAUCAACCACAGUGGAGAGAAGCCUUAUGCAUGCAAUGCAUGUGGGAAAGCCUUCAACCAGAACUCAAGUUUUAAAAAGCAUCAAAAGUCUCACAUGAGUCAGAAACCAUAUGAGUGCAAUGACUGUGGCAAGGCUUUUAGGCGGAGCUCGAAUCUCAUCCAACAUCAAAGAAUCCAUUCUGGAGAGAAACCGUAUGUGUGUAAUGAAUGUGGGAAGGCCUUCAGGCGGAGCUCAAACCUCAUUAAACACCACAGAAUUCACACAGGUGAAAAGCCUUUUGCGUGUAAUGAAUGUGGCAAAGUGUUUAGCCAGAGUACACACCUGAGGAAACAUCAAAGGGUUCACACUGGAGAAAAACCCUAUGAGUGUAAUGACUGUGGCAAACCGUUUAGUCGGGUGUCAAACCUCAUUAAGCAUCACAGGGUUCACACUGGAGAAAAGCCUUAUAAAUGCAGUGACUGUGGGAAGGAAUUUAGUCAAAGCUCAAGCCUUGUUCAACAUCAGAGACUCCACACUGGAGAGAAGCCUCAUGUGUGUACUGUGUGCGGAAAAGCCUUUAGUUACAGCUCAGUGCUCAGAAAACACCAGAUCAUCCACACAGGAAAGAAGCCAUAUGAAUGUGGUGUCUGUGGGAAGGCCUUUAGCCAGAGCUCAGCCCUUAUUCAGCAUCAAGGUGUCCACACAGGUGACAAACCCUAUGACUGCCGGGAAUGUGGGAAGACUUUUGGUCGUAGCUCCAACCUUAUUCUUCACCAGCGAGUUCACACUGGAGAGAAACCUUAUGAAUGUACUCAGUGUGGGAAAGCCUUCAGCCAAAGCUCAACCCUUAUUCAGCAUCAGAGAAUUCAUAACGGAUUAAAGCCUCAUGAGUGUAAUCAGUGUGGCAAAACCUUCAACAGAAGCUCAAACCUCAUUCACCACCAGAAAGUUCACACUGGAGAGAAACCAUACACAUGCGUGGAAUGUGGUAAGGGCUUCAGUCAGAGCUCACACCUUAUCCAGCAUCAGAUCAUCCACACUGGUGAGAGACCCUAUAAAUGCAGUGAAUGUGGGAAAUCUUUUAGUCAGCGUUCAGUCCUCAUCCAGCACCUGAGGAUUCACACUGGAGUGAAGCCCUACAGCUGUACCACAUGUGGGAAAGCCUUCAGCCAGCGGUCAAAGCUGAUUAAGCAUCAGCUGAUUCACCAGAAGUAGUAGUUUAUUACACUGGUGGGAAUGAAAUCUCAGUGUGGCGUUACCUCUAGCUCCUCUAUAGUUGUGACUACAACAAUGGGAUCAAGCUUAGGAAAAAUUGUGAGGAUGGCGUAAGACCAGACAGUAUUUUGUUCUUUGUGCAUAAGGUCCGUGUGGAUUAGAAGCGACUCGAUGGCACCUAACAACAACAACCUCUCUAAUCAUUGUCUUUCCAGACAUGAAACCCAGAGUUCCUGCCCAGUCCCUUUCCAACCCACUCUCAAACCCAGAAGCUUCCCUUGAAUUUUUUGUUUCAGUCCCACACCCUUCCCAGUGUUUUGUACCUCUUGAACAGUUUGUGAGCAGCUUGCCACAUUUCUUGAGGGAAGACUGAAGUAUUUUUGAAUUUUUUAUUAUUGUCAAAUCAUACCAAAUCUACAUUUGCCUCAAGAGAACCAUAGUAACUUUUCUCUUUGGUAAUUAGUGGUGAACAGUAACUCUUUGUCAAUGCCUGUAACUGAUACCCUGGUUAUAUAAAAUCAAGUUCAGAGUU